AAGAAGAAGAAGAAGAAGAAAGUAUUGAACGUGUACCAGCUGAGUGAAAUUUGUCCUGCUGAGGCACCGCUUUCAGCAUAGAUAUCCGACAUGGAGAUUGACAUCCUCAUCGCACUGGAGGAUUUAGGCUACCAGGGCCCUCUGAUGGAGGAUGGAGCCCUGGAUGCUGUUGUCAUCAAAGGAGCAGCUUCCCCAGAGUUCACCAAGCUAUCUGCCUGGAUCGUCUCGGAGCUCAGACUGUAUCUGAAGCUGGAGGAAAACGUCCAUGCUACUAACUGUCCCAGUGAGGCAGAGGGCUUCCAGCUGGAGAUGAGUGGCCUUCUUUCCGAACUCGCCUGUCCUUACAGCUGUCUGACCAGUGGACACGUCACCCAGAGGUUUCUGAGCAGAACGGACUGUCUGCUCCUGAUCACCUUUUUAUUGUCCGAAUUGGAUGCAUCCAGGAUGAUUCUGGUUAACAAGCCUCAGAGGAAAGCCCAAGAAUCUGGCAGUCCGGUCUUCCAGGAACUGAAGGGCAUCUGCAUGGCCCUUGGCAUGUCCAAACCUCCACCCAACAUCACCAUGUUCCAGUUCUUCUCCGGAAUAGAGAAGAAGUUAAAAGAAGCCAUAAGUAGGGUUCCACCAAACCAUGUUGGGGAACCUCUGAUGAAGAAGCCCUUUGGACCUGUGCAUAUGGAAAAGGUUGAGGCUAUAAACCAAGCUCUUGUAAAUGAAUAUGAAGUGAGAAGAAAGAUGUUGUUGAAACGUCUUGAUGUAACCGUGCAAUCCUUCGGCUGGUCUGAAAGAGCAAAGACCCAAGCAGAGAAAUUGAGUAGAGUGUACCAGCCUCUGCGCUCUGCCCUCCUCACCAACAGUAACAUCUCUGUUGCUCACCUUCUCGCCGCACGACAAGACAUCUCCAAGAUCCUUCGGACGAGUAGCGGCAAGAUGAGGGAGAAGACGGCCUGCGCCAUUAAUAAGGUAGAUGAGCUUCAAACUUCCUGGGGCUGGGGGGGUAGAGGGGGUCAGAGUUUUAGCCAAGGAGGACAGUUUGAACAGUUCUUCCAGCAUGGAGGGCAGCAGUACAACCAGGCGGGGUUCAACCAAGGCAGACACUACACCAGCUGAAGGUGCAGCGCCGACUCCAUCAUCAUCAUCCUCAUCCGUUAUGUUACAGCUUCAACAAACUGGAACAAGAAAAUUAUUAAACAAGAGACAUUUAAACCACCAAUUAUUAUUUUGGUCACCUGUGCUCUAUGGACUGUUAACCGAUUGCUAACGUUAGCUUCUGCAUCCUGGCCUGUUUUCAACUUUCCUUUGAUAAUCGGUGUUGAAGCCUUACAGCCCUGAUCUGACUGAACGAAGAAGACGUUCCUCACGUCUGUGUCCAGGACACGCCUUAGCUUCACGAAGGGGGUCACUGAAUCUCCAAGAUUACUUGAAAGCGAUGUACAUUUUCCAGUCUGUUUUCAUUUCAGUGUUUGGCUGGAUUUUCCUGUGUUACCUAUUUAAAGGAUGCCAACGUGUGCAGCCAUGUGAAUACACCUUGAAAUGUUGGAAGCUUUGUAUGGAUGUCAACAUGCAAUAAAAGUUUCAAAAACAAUCCCACUUU